UCUCCAACCUCUCGUCUUGUGUCCCAUCCACGUCUCUCCGGCGUGCCCGCUCCAACUCUCAUCCAAUGGCCUCGCCGCACGCCGACCCGCAGCAGCAGCACCACGCGUCGGCGACGCCACUCCUGCUCGCCGUACGCCACAUCCCGUUCCCCGGGGCCCAGCGCCCCCGCGCGCUCCCCGCCCCGGACCUCGCCCCUCUCGCGCGCCGCCUCGACGAGCUCGCCGCCGCGGCGGCCGCACACCCGCUCCUGAAGCCGCUCUUCGACCUCCGCCACCACCUCUCAACCUUCUCCCAGAGCAGGAGGCAGAGGAUGGUGGCGAUGCGGCAGGCGGCGUGCCCGCUGGCCGGCGGCGAGGGCUGCUUCGCGGCGGUGCUGGGCGGGUCCGUGGCCGGCAUGGUGGUGUCCAACGGCGUCAACAGCUUCCUCAGCCUCUACAACACCGUGCUCGUCAUCCGGCUCGUCCUCACCUGGUUCCCCAACACGCCGCCCGCCAUCGUCUCGCCCCUCAGCACGGUGUGUGACCCGUACCUGAACAUCUUCCGGGGCAUCAUCCCGCCGCUGGGAGGGCUGGACCUGUCCCCCAUCCUCGCCUUCCUGGUGCUCAACGCCCUCACCGGCACCGCCGCCGCGCUCCCGGCCGAGCUCCCCUCCCAGAAGACCGCGUCCGGCUCGGUGCACCCUGACGAGCUCACCGCCAACCAGAGGAAAUGGACGCGGAGAUUCCGCCCGGGGAAAUCGCAGGAGGCAGAGGAUGCUGCUCGCUAGACUGCUGCAAUUUUCUUACCAUUUUCUUGCAUCAACCGGCUGUCAAACGCAAUUUUGGCGUGCUCCGCAACCAUCAAAUGUGUACUGUCGUUCGGCAUGUCGAAUUACCACUGAGGCCUGAUUUUUCUUCUUCCGAAUGUGUAUGUAGAGGAACCAAACUGCUUGACUGUAAUGCCAUUUUUUGGGUCUUUA